GUUCGCGACGACAGUUUGAAACUGAAACUCGCUCCGAUCGAAAGCAAAGAGAAGUUCGCGGUGUACGUAUCCUUUUCGCUCGAGUGCGGCAGAUAUGCAUACGGCUGCUGGCAGUGUUCUGUAGUGAAAAAGUGAUAUUUAUGUGCUUUCCGUAUAUUUUCAGUGACCACUGUUAGCGUAAAUCGUUGGGAAUCUAGCCAAAGUGAAUGGUUAUCGGUUGUUCGGGGUUGAAAACAGCCGGAAAAGUGAUAAAACGUUCCCGGAAGUGUGCAGAGUCGCAGAAAUUUUCUAGCUUUUUUUCUUCUCGUUUUCCCUGCACGGCGGUGGAGCAGCACCAGAGCAAGCAGACAGAUACACGGAUUCGAGUCAGCAGCGGAGAAAUUUUUGCUAAAAAAUGGCCGUGAACGUGUACUCGACGAACGUAACGACAGACAACCUGUCGCGGCAUGACAUGCUCUCGUGGGUCAACGACUGCCUCCGGUCGCAGUUCACGAAAAUCGAAGAACUAUGUACGGGGGCCGCCUACUGUCAGUAUAUGGACAUGCUCUUCCCGGGCUCAGUGCCAAUGAAACGCAUAAAGUUUCGUACGAACCUAGAACACGAAUACAUUCAGAACUUCAAAAUCCUGCAGGCGGCAUUCAAGAAGAUGAAUGUUGAUAAGAUUAUUCCCAUCGAUAAACUAAUCAAAGGUCGUUUCCAAGAUAAUUUUGAGUUUUUGCAAUGGUUCAAAAAAUUCUUCGACGCGAAUUACGACGGUAGAGAGUAUGACGCUUAUCUGGCACGGGAUAACCUACCGAUGGGUAUGGGUGGCGCUGGUGCACCAAAAGGCAACGGGGUCGCAGUAGCGGCAGCCUCUGUACCUCGCCGGGCACCACUCGUUUCAUCCACAUCACGAGAUAAAAUUAAGCCGAUGUCCAAAGUCACACCCAGUAGACCGAUGACGCAGACGGUCAGCAGACCAGCGGGCGGAUUGGGCUCCACAGCCAAUGCCAGCAAAUCCUCCUCGCAGAACAGCGUGACGAACCAGCAGGUGGAGGAACUAACGACGCAAGUCAUGGACAUGCGGUUACACCUGGAAGGGCUCGAGAAGGAGCGUGACUUCUACUUCAGCAAGCUGAGAGACAUCGAAAUUCUCUGCCAAGAAGACGAACAAAAUGAGACCCCAAACGCGCUGAUCCAAAGAAUCCUAAACAUUCUGUAUGCAACGGAGGAUGGCUUUGCCCCUCCGGAUGAUGUCCCGCCAGAGGAGGAAGAAUAUUAAAGAAAACUUUCGUCGCUAACGCACCAACAACGGUUUUGACGGGCACCUUCGCGUUUCACCGGUCACGAUCACAACUGUCACCGGGCACUGGCAUCAUCUUUCGAUCGUUUUCCUAAUGUUACACUUUCCGAUUGCCAACGCUUUCCUCCUAGCGAACUCCCGGAUAGAUGGGCAUCAAGUACGAGGGUCAACUAGUAGCUAAGCGGUUCUAAGAUGGUUCAGUCACUGAUCGUGGAGAUGAUUGCGCACAAGUGUACGAUCAAACAAGACACUAAUAAGAAAAAAAACAAGUAAGCGAAAGCUAAGUUACACCUUAUGAGAGAAGAAGAUUGCGGUAGUGGUGAGGUUUUGUUUCUUUUGUAUUUAAAAUAAUUCAUUAUUAUAAAUAACUAUUAUCGAUGUGACUAAUCAGAGCAGUUUUUUUUUCGCAAGCGAAACAUAAAGAGAGAAGUGUAAAAAGUAUGAAGUAGUUAUACAAUGAAUAAUUCUUCAACAAAAUUGGUAUUCUAUAAUCAACCAAACGAGUAUUGCAUCUACACGUAUAUAUUUACGCAAAAUUAGAAAAAAAAAAGAUCCAUCAGCAUUAUUUGCACAAAAGAUUUCCUUUCGGCAUGUUGUAUCUAGUGGCAGAACGUGCCGUUUGUAAUAUUGAAAGCAUUUCUGGGAUGGGUGAAAAUUGACUGUUUUACCCUAGUGUGUAUUGUUAUGCAUUUCGUCUUCGGUUAUCUUCGAUUUAAUCUGGAUUUGUGUUGUUUCUCAACUAUGCUCUGCGUUCAUUGAAUGAUUUACACCAUCUUUGAGAACGGAAAUCUCUUAAUAACCCGUAAAGCAGUGGUCCAUGUUGAAAUACAAGAUGCCUUGCUAAUUAUACCACCAGUCUUACACGAUCAAGUGAUUUGAUUAACGGAGCUUAUUCACAAAUCAGCAACCAAUAGAAACAGUUUUGAUGACUCAAACCCGCUACGAUAUUGUUUUGUUCGAAUAUUUGUCGUUUUCUACAGAGUGAGUGCCGUAAUUAUUAGAAGUUGUUUGCGCAUCAUGUUGGACAAAAUGUGGGAAAUGUUUAAGAACGCUACUAAUUUAUAUUUGUAAUAAAACUGCUAUAUCAGAACAUACACUGAAUGAUAGGCAUAUAAGGGUUAGCUCAAAUACUCUGUUGAUAAGAAGUCAUUGCAAAAAAAAACAUAAAAACGAAAAUCUUGAGAGUAACACAUCAUUUCGGACGCCCUCCCGCAUUUGUUACAUAAUCGUGUGAGAGUCGCAGCGAAUCAUAAAUAAAAUAUAUCUUAAAGAAACAUCUGUGCUAUUCCAACUGCUAUGACCAGUAUGUAUGAUCUUAUGGAACAAGAACAAAAAUCCUAAUGGAAACAAUUUUAACAAAUUUUGAGUUCUUUUUUUUUCUCUAUGACGUGACUCUGCUAAUUGAAAAUUACUUUUUCAUUAAUAGAAAAUACUAUCUGCAAAUGUGAA